ACGUAGUAGAUGCAAGUGAUCGUCCUCGACGUUGACGUUGUCGGCGGGAGGUGACGAGCUCAAGCCAACGAAAUCCAGGGAAUAUGGCAGCUAAAGUGCAGCAUCCAUUCGAGCCACCAAGUUCGGCGAGCUCUGAGAGCGACGACGGCGACGUGUGCCUGGACGAUCGCGAGAUCUUUCUCGCCGACGAGCUGUGCGAAGAUGCCGAACACUACAGGCGCUCCGACGUCGGCACGCCGACGCCGCAGUCCCCGCGACCGCCGUCCACAGGUUCACAAAAAUCGCCACGAUCACGUAGACAACGCACUACCAGCAUGUCACAAUCAAGUAAGAAGACAUCUGCAGAAUCCAUCCUCAGGAGCAAAACACGAACCAUUUAUACAGCUGGUAGACCUCCUUGGUACAAUUCAGCUGGUCAACAAGUAGAACCUUUUGUAAUUGGUAUUUGUGGAGGCAGCGCUUCUGGGAAAACAACAGUUGCAACUAAAAUUAUAGAAUCUCUAGACGUGCCAUGGGUGACUCUCCUUAGUAUGGACUCCUUUUAUAAAGUGUUAAACGAGAAGCAACACGAGAUGGCCGCGCACAAUGAGUACAAUUUUGAUCAUCCUGAUGCGUUUGAUUUCGAGCUUCUGAAGACCACGGUGCAGCGAUUGAAGGAAGGACGCAUGAUAGAAGUUCCUAUUUAUAAUUUUGUAACUCAUCGCAGGGAAAGUAGAACAAAAACCAUGUAUGGGGCUAAUGUCAUUAUCUUCGAAGGAAUACUCACUUUCUACAAUGUCGACGUAUUGAAAAUGUGCGACAUGAAAGUUUUUGUCGAUACCGAUGCGGACGUUAGACUGGCCAGACGUUUACGGAGGGAUAUUUCGCAAAGAGGCAGAGAUCUGGAGGGUGUAUUGAAACAGUAUAGUAAACAUGUGCAGCCGGCUUUUUAUUAUUAUAUAGCGCCUCUUAUGGUUCAUGCGGAUAUCAUUGUGCCACGUGGUGGAGAUAAUGAAGUGGCGAUAGAACUUAUUGUACAACAUGUUCACACUCAACUUCAAUUGAGAGGUUUUAAAUUGAGGGAGAAACUAGCGCACUCGUACAUUGGUCAACCGUUGCCUUCAUCAUUGUAUUUACUUCCGGAUACGCCGCAGAUAAAGGGUCUUCAUACAUUUAUACGCAACAAGGAGACAUAUAGAGAUGAAUUUAUUUUUUAUUCCAAGCGAUUGAUCCGCCUGGUCAUCGAAUAUGCAUUGUCUCUGUUGCCUUUUGAGGUGAAUAUAGAAGUUGGAUAUCUCACAGCGUAUCGUUUUUAUGUGAAGGACGUAACUGUCGAGACGCCACAAGGAGUGUUGUAUGGCGGCAAGCGGAGUGCAACAGACAAGAUAUGUGGCGUGUCGAUAUUGCGUGCCGGCGAAACCAUGGAACAGGCUGUUCGAGACGUGUGUAAGGACAUACGCAUAGGAAAGAUUCUUAUUCAAACUAAUCAACAGACUGGCGAACCCGAAUUGUAUUAUCUUCGAUUACCAAAGGAUAUCAAAGACUAUAGAGUAAUAUUGAUGGAUGCUACUGUUGCAACUGGUGCUGCCGCUAUCAUGGCGAUCAGAGUGCUAUUAGAUCAUGAUGUUGCUGAGGAAAACGUGUUGUUGGCAUCGUUGCUGAUGGCGGAAUCUGGCGUGCAUUCUAUCGCGUAUGCUUUUCCGCGAGUAAAGAUCGUUACUUCCGCGUUGGAUCCCGAGAUAAACGAAAAGUUCUAUGUAUUGCCUGGCAUUGGAAAUUUUGGCGAUAGAUACUUUGGCACCGAACCAUCUGAUGAUUAAGGCAGCUUAUAGAUCUCUAUUUAAAGUACUUACAUAUAUUCAGUAUGUUGUGUAAAUUGUGAUACAAAUAUCAAAAUAAUCUAUUAUAUCUUUAAUAAAAAGUGCGUUACA